CGUUUCUUGUUGGGCGAAUUCACACAAGUCAUCCCUGGUCUGUACUUUUUGUGUAUACUAAAUAUUUGUAUUGUUUAAAUCACCAAUGCAUUUAGGAGCGAUUAAACUAGCCCAGAAGCAAAGAGAAGCCAAGCUUGCAGCGGCUUUUCCUAAAGGAAUCCGUUGUCAAAAAUGUCUGGAAUUUGGACAUUGGAGUUACGAAUGCAAAGGUAAACGAAAAUAUGUCCACAGGUCUUCUAGAACACAAGUGAUGAAAAAAAAUAUGAACAAACUUGAGAAUGGCUCCAAUGAGCAAUCAUCAACAAAAAAUACUAAGCAAGAUUGCGUUGCGACUAAUAGUAAAACAAGCGAUUCGUCCAGUUCCGAUUCAUCAUCAGAUUCUGAUACAAGCGAUAGUGAAAGCAGUUCGAGCAGCAGUAGCAGCACUAGUAGUAGCAGCAGCAGUUGUAAUAUUAGUAGUGCCAGCAAAUCUGAUUUGUCUGAGAAUGAAAAUAGGAAAUCCAAAACAAAAAAACAGAGACAAUGUGAGCAACAUGUAAUCCGAAGCAAAAAAAAUAAGUCCGCAUGAAUGUUAUGAGUUAAAAAUUGAAUAAAUUUUGAA